AUGCAACAAAACAGGAUUAACAAAGUUAUUAGCCCACGAGAGAAAGUUCUUGAGGUGUUGCAUAGAUAUCAACUUGUGUUUAAUGAGCUGGAUCGGGAGAAGGCAGAGCGGCGUGGAACCAAAGAUGCAAGGAGUCAGAUAGAUUUAAAGACAAGGGCUAUUCUCAUAAAAGAAGGGGAGCAAGUGAAUAGUCAAAAGAUGAUUGGACCAGUCCCUGGAAUCGAAGUUGGUGAUGAGUUUGAAUACAAAUCAGUACUCAGCUUGAUCGGUCUCCAUUUCGACCUCAUGGGAGGGAUUGAUUACAUGUGCAGAGGAAACUUGAAACUAGCUACAAGCAUUGUAUCAUCAGAAGAUAAUGGUUACAAUGACAGAUUCGAGUCUGAUGUGAUCAUUUACUCUGGUGAAGGAGGUUACAUGAUGAGCAAGGAUCAUGAAGUAGUUAAAGAUCAGCAGCUGGUUAAUGGCAACGAGGCUCUAGCUAAUAGCAUGAAGGAAAAGACUCCAGUGAGAGUGAUACGUGGAGAGAAGGGAUUGAAAAAAAGUGGAAAGAAGAUGUAUGCUUAUGAUGGGUUGUAUUGGGUUAAGGAUUAUUGGAAAGAGAUAGGAGCUCAAGGUAAUAUUGUGUUCAAGUUUAAACUUUGUAGGAUUCCUGGUCAACCUCAUGUUCACUAG